AUGGAAGCUGUCAAUAAAGUCAAAGACUUGUUAUACAAUCUGGUUUUGGAAUACCAGGAUUCUAUGGAGGCUGUUGCCACAACAGAUGGUGCUCAAACUAGACCAAGUGCUCCUACUAUGGACAAUGAAGAUUGGAUGGACACUUUUGAUGAUUACAUGUCCAAACAGCCGGCCGUGACCUCCACUUAUGUGCGAAGAGAGUUAGAUUUGUACUUGGAAGAACCACUGCUGCCUAGGACACAAGAGUUGGAUAUCAUUCAGUGGUGGCAACAUGCAGGGCUCAAAUACCCAACGUUACGAAAAAUUGCACGUGAUGUCCUUGCUAUUCCUGUGACAAUGGUGACAUCCGAGUCAGUCUUUAGUACCAAUGGGAGAAUAAUUAGUCCACAUCGUAGUAGGCUUGCAUCAUCAAUGAUAGAAGCACUUAUGUGUAUGCAAGCAUGGUCUCAUGCCGACAUGUUAGUUAUAAUACUAAUUUGUGAAUACUAUAUCACUUUUGUUGGUGCUUUGAUGACCUGUCUUGAUGAAAAAGAUGAAGAAAUGGAUGAAGAUGAUUUCAGCAUAAUUGAUGAAUGA